UGAAUUCUGAGGAAAAGAUUUGGGAAGAACUUUUCAAUUCCAGGGGAAAGAAAUUGGUCAAAAACAUGACUAAUAUCAAGGUAUUCAGUGGAUCUUCACAUCCAGACAUAGCGCAGAAGAUAGCGGAUCGUCUUGGAAUAGAACCUGGAAAAGUUAUCCUCAAGAAAUUCAGCAAUGGAGAAACAUGUGUUGAGAUUGGUGAAUCUGUUAGAGGGGAGGAUGUCUACAUUGUGCAGAGUGGCUGUGGAGAGAUCAAUGAUAUGUUAAUGGAGAUGCUUAUUAUGUUAAAUGCCUGCAAGAUCGCUUCAUCCUGUCGAGUGACUGCUGUAAUCCCAUGUUUCCCAUAUGCUAGACAAGAUAAGAAAGACAAGAGUCGUGCACCUAUAUCUGCAAAGCUUGUUGCUAACAUGUUGUCAGUUGCCGGGGCCGACCACAUCAUCACAAUGGAUCUCCAUGCCUCACAGAUACAGGGUUUCUUUGAUAUUCCAGUGGACAACUUGUUCGCAGAGCCUGCUGUGUUAAAGUGGAUCAGAGAGAAUAUCAAUGAAUGGAGGAACAGUAUUAUAGUCUCCCCUGAUGCUGGGGGUGCAAAGAGGGUGACAUCUAUAGCAGAUCGACUUAAUGUGGAGUUUGCUUUGAUUCAUAAAGAACGCAAAAAAGCUAACGAGGUUGCAUCAAUGGUGCUGGUUGGUGACGUGAAGGAUCGUAUUGCAAUCCUUGUAGAUGAUAUGGCUGACACAUGUGGCACAGUGUGCCACGCAGCAGAGAAAUUACUAGAGGCAGGUGCUGUGAAGGUGUAUGCUAUUUGUACCCAUGGUAUACUAUCGGGACCUGCCGUAUCGCGGAUCAAUAACUCCAUGUUUGAAUGUGUCGUUGUCACUAACACUAUACCACAGGAUCAGAAGAUGAAGCAAUGUUCAAAACUCAGAUCUAUAGAUAUAUCAAUGAUAUUAGCAGAGGCCAUAAGGAGAACCCAUAAUGGGGACAGCAAACCUGACUUAAAUCUAUUUUUGAAUCGACCAUAGCUACUCUACAAGUUUUCCAUUCCGUGUUACAAUAAGCUGCACCCAUUCUAGACUUCAACCUGUAGUAGGGACCCUGUAAAUAGAGUGUUAUGUGUUUGACAUGUAAACUAUAGUGGAAUAGAUAGGAAUUGAAAAUCCUUGCAUAUUA